ACUUUUCUAAAUAUCAGCAAAGGUCCAGUAGGGAUAGUUAAUCUAUUGUCAAUAAGAUAGGACUUUUGUAGUAAAACCAUUCCAAAUCUUUAUUUAGCUUGCCAUGUAGUUUCGAAUUUGAAAUGUCCUUUUAUUGUUAGUAAAUGCAACUCUAUAAGGGUCACUGAUCUUUUUAUGUUUUGGAAUAUUCUGGAGAGGAUAUCCAUAGAAGUCUGAUCUUUGUAACACUCUCAAUGGUUCUUCGCGUCAACAUUUGAGACUGCGAUUUGAAAAUUGUAAUUUGAAAUGCGUUUUUGAUUUCCUAUUCAUUCAUUGCAGUAUUGUUUCUUUGUUUUGUUGACAUCCAACCCCUCGCAUUUUGUCACGGUCAGUGUUUUGUCUUCAAGAGAUUAGUAUUCGGUCUCUCGGCAAGAGAUAUGUAAAUAACCCACUUGUUAAAUCGGGUUUUUUUUUUGUUUGUCUUCUCAUCAUGAGAUGAUUUGUGAUAGUCGUGAAAUGGCUAACUGGAUUUUAACACGUGCGGUUUAUGUAGUUUCAUUCGCUUUGAUCUCGACCCUCGCUGUAAAUUCGCGUAGUCAAAAUGCCAUUCACCCGCGAAACACAAGCACAGAAACUUCGCAAGAAGAUCAAUUCUGUCAGCUUGAUAGCAGAGAUAUGAAUUCACGUAAUAGGUGGUCCCCUUGUAAAAUACCCUGUAAAAGGGAUGAUGAUUGUAUAAAUUAUGGAAGGCACAUUUGUUGUCCAGCUCUGCCUGGGAGUAGUUGUGAUGGAGAGUGUUUGUUGGCAGAUAUUAAAGCUGACAGUAGCAAUAAGAGGUGUGUAGAUGUUCUUACCCAAAAGCGUUACACCUCUGGUGAAACAUUCAUGCAAGGAGACAAAUGUUGUACCUGCAAAGGUGGGAGAAUAGAGUGUACUUCAAGUAGAAAUACUUGUCAUUCAGGCUGUAAGAGGAACUUACAAUAUUUCAAGCAUGGGGAAUCAAUUCCUUCUCAAUCCUGUCAGAACUGUUCUUGUCAGAAUGGCUCAAUAAUUUGCUCAUCUGAUGUGAACUGUGUACAAGGUAAAUGCAAUUACAGAGGAAACUUGUAUGAGGAAGGAGAACUUCUACAUCUAAACAGAGGUUGCAAAGAGUGUGUUUGCCGUGCUCGCAGAUGGAACUGUGUGGCAAUAACUUGCAGUGCUGUCCAAUCCAAGGGAAACGCGCCUACAAGUCAUCGUGCAAUGUAUUUGCAGAUAGCCAUGGCCUCCUUGCUCGCACACACCCUUAAGGUUAAUUUCUGUCCAUAGGGAAACCAUGGCAAUAACUAAGCUUCGCGAAAAUUCGUUGGAGAAUAUUUAGUUAUGAUCACUUGGAAUCGUUCGUAGACAACGGCAUCCAAAUCGUGAUGAUUGCAUGGGUCGUUUGCGAUCACUUUAUGCCUAGUAGAAAACGACUUAUCGUGCAUUUUAAAAUAUAAAAAUCUUUGCCAUGUUCGUGUUUGAUGAAGCAGUUGUGAGAAUAAUAUUUGGGGAACAUCUGGCGGUGUGAAACCGAAGACUUUAGCUCUCUCUAUAAGCUUACAACAAACCUUACAAACUUUUGCGAGAAAUAUGCAUGGUCUAUGGUUCAUUUAAAGAAGACUGGUUUAAUACAACGUGCGCUAAACGUCUUAUUGCUCAGAACGUGAAAAGAUAGUGGUGAUAGUGUCCGAGAAGUUUAAACCGCUGGUGCCAUUUAGCAAAACCUGUUAUAACGUAGGAGUGGCGUGUAAAAACAAGUUUAGACAAUUUUAAACAUCUUGUGUUGAUGAAAAUGUACUAACUUUCUAUUUAUUUAUUUAUUUAUUUAUUUAUACAUUUAACAUUUAUCUAGCUAUUUGUAACAUUUUUAAAACACAGCCUGUUGGAUGUAUUCUGCAAAGCUUUGUACAUAGCAUUUGUGAAAUUGUUGAAUUAAAUAAUUGAAGCGUGUUACAAAACAGGG